CUAUUCUAAUAACACUUCUCCCACGACCGAAGAAAAACUACCCACCGCCCACCUUCUGAGCUACCACGACUCCAAAUCAGCCUCCACCUUCUUCUUCCACCGAGGCGCCAUGGCCAGCCUCCCCGUCAGCGCUCCCAACCCCAAGCACCACCUCCCACCGCGACGUCCCCUCCGCGCACCACGGCGUACCCUCCUGUGGUGCUCCCCCCGUCCAUCCUGCGCGCCGACGAAGCCAUCCACGGCCUCCCCGCGAUGAGCCAAUGCCAGAUCCGGUUAGCCGCGGGCUCCCGCGAUGGGCCGUCGAUGGAUCCAGCCAUCAACGGCCUUCGGCGAUGCGCUAUCUCCGGAUCUGCCCCGCGCUCCUCCCCCGGUCCCCUCCCACCUCACGCCCCAACCCCUCCACCUUCUACACCAAUUCGCCGCCGGGGGCCCGAGCCGCCAUAGCCUCCACACCGCACUUCUCUUGGAGCUUGCAGUGACUCUCCGCACGAGCUUCUCCCCCCGCAGCACCUUCUUCCAAUGGAUCAGGGCGGCCCCCUCUGUCAGGCGCCAUGGCUGGCCACGCAGCCAACGCGGACGCGGCCUCGAUCUGGGGUACCUCCACCGCGGCCUCGAGCAUCGCAGUGUCCCGACGAAGCAGCUCCGACCGGGGUGGAUUUGGCACUGCAGUCCACAUCGCACAGAGGCGUGCCCCACUUCCUCCUCCCCACGCAGUCCAUUGUCAAAGCCAAAGGGACUUGCCAUCCUGGGGGCAUCAGGGGCAGCUGGCUUCAAAGAUUGGUGGGGGUUCGGUUAUCUCGGCGGUCAAUGACGGGGGAUCCGAGGCAGCCAUCGCGCCGCCAGCCCCGUGCAGCUCGGUUGGCAGGCCCGUGCAGCUCGGUUGGCAGGCCCGUGCAGCUCGGUUGCCACCCCCGUGCAGCUCGGUUGCCACGGCCGGCCUCCAAAGCCUCCUCCCCAACCCCAACACUAGACGCCGCCGCCCUGCCAUCCCUUCACCGCGAUGCACUCGAGAUACGCCGCCCCAAGGGUCGUCUCUCCUUCCACCGGCGACGGUCGCGGAAGUGCACUCGGCCCUCUCUCUUCCACUGGAGUUUUGCUAUGCGUUGUUCUUCCGUGCACUUGAUGCGGUCCGCUCUGACCGUGCCCGGAGUUUAGAUGGGAGCUUGAUGAGGUUCACAUUCAAAUGCACUACGCGACAGCGGUUCAGCAGCUCGGCCCAUGCAGCUCGGUUUGCACAGGCAUGCGGUUUGGUGUAUCGCCCCAUGCAGCUCGAGUCUGGUGGCGUGCAGUUUGUGCACGUUUUUGUUACUUCAAGUUGUCAUCGUGUGGUCUGAUGUGUAAAGGCGUUGACCAUGCAGUACUCAGAUGAACGUAUGUCUCAUGUAGUUUGGCAAAACAUGUGAGUGCAGCUCGGCAUGUAUUUUCUGUGGGGGUUGCAUUUUUCUUCUGAAUUUGUUGUGCCAUGCGAUGUGUGACGGCUGGAUGUACUUAUUUUCGAAGUACUAUUGUUUUUGUCUAGAGGUUC